AUGAAUAGGGCAACAAGUUUUGUACGUAGUUUUUCAUCGGCAAAGCCCGUCAGCAAAUAUGAUGCGGUGAUCAUUGGCGGAGGGCACAAUGGUCUUACAGCGGCGGCCUACUUGGCCAAAGCUGGGAAGAAAGUCUGCGUGCUUGAGCGGCGACAUAUUUUGGGUGGAGCAGCCGUCACAGAGGAGAUUAUACCAGGCUUCAAAUUUUCUCGAGCCUCAUACGUUUUAUCGUUAUUGAGACCGACGGUGAUCGAAGAGCUCAAGUUAAAGGAACACGGUCUGCGCUAUCAUCUUCGUGAACCGCACUCAUUCACGCCGAUCAGAAACACAAAAGAAAGCCUUCUAUUGGGCAGCAAUAUGAAAGAGAAUCAAGUCGAAUUGGCGAGAUUCUCGAAAAAAGAUGCUGAGAAUUAUCCUCGUUAUGAACACAUGAUUGCUCGAAUUGCACAAGCCGUCGAGGGACUAAUGGAUGAUGAACCGGUGCCGAUGCAUAAACCAUUCAACAAAUCACUCAAAGAGUUUUAUCAUCUCUACAAAAGAGUGAGAGGAAUUGGAGUCGAGAAUGCCGUCGAAUUCUACGAGCUGAUGACGGCACCGAUUGCGAAAGUGAUGGAGAAAUGGUUUGAGAAUCCGGCUCUUCAGGCAACAAUCGCUACUGAUGGAGUGAUCGGAUUCGCAGCGUCGCCUUAUGAUUUAGGCACUGGUUAUGUAUUGUUACAUCACGUGAUGGGCGGAUUGGAUGGCCGAACCGGCACCUGGGGAUAUGUGUUUGGCGGAAUGGGAGCCGUGAGUCAAGCGAUCGCUUCGGCUGCUCGAAGUGCCGGCGCUGAGCUGUACACUGAACAGGAGGUCAGCUCGAUUCUCGUCGAAAAAGGGCAAGCUCGAGGCGUCAAACUGUCGUCGGGAAUGGAAAUUCAUGCGGAUCUCGUCUUCUCGAAUUGCACUCCGAAAGUCACCUUUUGUGAUCUCCUCGAAGAGUCUCAUUUACCGAUCGAUUAUUUGCACUCGAUUAAACAGAUUGACUACACGUCGCCGGUCACAAAAAUUAACGUGGCAUUGAAAGAGCUUCCAAACUUCGUGGCUCGUCCCCAUCACGGAUCUCAAGCGGCUCCUCAUCAUCAAACGACCAUCCAUAUGAAUGGAGAGAGCAUGCAACUUAUUCACGAGGGAUGCAACGAUUAUCGACAAGGCAAAUGGAGCACACACCCAGUGAUGGAGAUGACACUUCCCUCGUCGGUUGAUGACACUUUAGUGAAAGGUUCUGGACACGUUUGUCUUUUGUUCACUCAAUACACUCCUUAUAAACCGGCUGAAGGACCGUGGACGGAUGAAAUGAAAGAAAGAUAUGCAAGACAUGUCUUUUCGGAGAUCGACGCAUAUGCGCCGAAUUUCUCGUCGUCGAUCGUCGGCUAUGAGGUGCUCACCCCGCCAACUCUUGAAGCCACUUUCAAUUUAACGGGAGGCAAUAUUUUCCACGGCUCGAUGACUCUAGAUCAACUUUAUUUUGCUCGGCCCGUGAAUAAAGGAGCCAACUACUCGACCCCAAUCAAGUCACUCUUUUUGUGUGGUAGUGGAACACAUCCAGGUGGUGGGGUCACCGGAGCUCCAGGCCGUUUAUCUGCCCUGGCUGCUUUGAAAAAACAU